UUUCAAAAUUAGUACAGAAAGAAUAUUGGUUUUAUGACGAAAGAAAUUUCACUUCUUUGUUGUUCUAGACAUAUUCAAGAAAUGACUCCUCUGUUUUGAAAGAUAUUCCAGGGUCUUAUGUGAUGUGAUAAAAAACAAUUACAUUUGAUAUUAAAUUCAAGCAGAAAAAAUCAUUUAUUGGUAAAUAAUAUUUAUAUGAAAACUUACUAAACUUUGUUGUAAUCAUUUUCUUUUAAUUGCCAUACUGAUAAAAUGACAAUUUUAUUGUAAUAGCCUAAAUUAAAUGAUGAGCGUGGAUGGUGACAUUUAAGACACGAGUGGCAAUGUUUAUGUACAUUAUUCUUUCCACGAACCACAACGCAAUAUACUUAUUUUUAAAUUUACAUAUUUCCAAAUUCACAAUUUAUUUUAUAAACAUUGAUUACCAGUAUCUUCAUGAUUUAGUUCAGUCGAGUUUUUUUAAUAUUUAACCAUCGGAUUUGCUGUUUAGUAGUGCCUUUAGUUUCAACCACCAAAGACUUGAUAAAUAUUAAGAGUGCUGUGUCUGUUUUAUUUGAUUUUCUUAGAUAAUAAUUGUACACACACAUUUUUGGAAAAAGAAUAAUUGAUUCCUUUUUAUUUUCGCCAUUUUCCAUGAACUGAUUAUAGCAAAUUUGAUAGACUUUCGCAAAUUCAGGAAUGAAUGUGAAAUAGCCACGCUCGUCAAUGCGCGAUACUAGAUGAUGGUAGUAGGGAUUAGUACGGUCCCUCAAGCAGGUAUACUUAACUAUUGUCAGUUCUAUUGUUGAUUAUUUAGCGUAAUAAUUCUCCAAACCUCGACAUUCACUCCUGUAUUUACCAAACUGUACUUCUCUUGAGACUUUUCAGUAAAAGAUUCAAAGUUGUAUUCGUAGCCUCUUCUGUUAUAUUUGGCGAUGUACAUUCUACUAACCAUUCAUCACUUGAAUCCAUAUAUAUCCAUAUUUUUAUAGGAUACAGCCCCUUAAACAUAGACAAAAAUAUAUUAUUCGGUAUAUAUUAUCUUGUUCUAGUUUUGGAAUCUCAUCUGAAUUUAUCUGAAUUCUUAUUGCCACGCAUAUAAUUUGCCUUCAGACCUACAGGUGCAUUAGAGUCAAUCGAAUAUGAGUUGACAGAUACUAACUUUUACUAUGUCGUGCUUUGUAUUCCUAACAUACAUAUGCGUUAAGAAUUUUCAGACACUUUCUUAUAGGGUCGUGGGAAAAAGUAGAUUUUGAAUUAUAUCGAACGUGACACCUUAUUUCCAUCGUUUAAUGUUAACUUUCAAAAUUUUUUGACUGUUUAAAGAAGCUCUGUCAUUAUAAGUCUUCUUAGAAUUCGAUAAAUUAGUAUAUGCAUUUAGAAGUUGCAUCCUUGUAUUUACUUAAAUAUUAUGAAACUACUGUAAAUAGCUUAUUACCAUAGUUAUCGCCCUGUCAAGAGGAACCAUUGACAUUAAAAAGUGUCGAUAUUAACACGAUGCAAAAACGUCCAAGCACAGAGCUCAAACCCCUUAAAUUAGUACUUUACGGCCCACCAGCUUCGGGCAAAACUACUUUGGCAGAAAGAAUAUGCCGUCGAUAUGGAGCCCAUUAUAUUUCAGUCAAAACUAUGAUCGACGAAACUCUAGAAGAAUUAAGAGAAAGCGUCAGAAAGGAGACUCAAAAACUUCAAGGCAAAAUAGAGAAGGAUAGAGAUACUACUACUGAUGAAGAAGAUGAGGAAAAAGUAUCGGUAGAAGAAGACGAAGAAGUCGAAACUAAAGCUGCAAUAGAAGAUUUACAAGAGCAAAUAAAAUAUUUAACUCAUACUAUGCAAAAAAGUGUUAAUAAGAGACUACCAGAUGAAGUUGUGGUGCGUCUUAUGAAGGCAUUUUUGGGGAAAGAAAUUUGUCAGACUCGUGGUUAUGUCUUAGAUGGAUAUCCGAAAGCUUUUGACCAAGCAAGAGAACUAUUUGGACAAGUAGCUGAAAUGGAUCAAAGUGAAGCUGCUCCUAAGGUACCUUUGGGUAUUGGAGCUGGAGAGGGAGGUGAACCUGGCGAAGAUCAACAAGUAGGUGAUUUGAUCGGAAAUGCUAGCAUCAACAUAAUGCCUGAUUAUGUGGUAAGUUUAGAGGCUACAGAUGAAUUUCUUUGCGAACGAGUUAUGAAACUUCCUCAAAAAAUGAUUGAAGGGACACAUUACGAUGAAUUCAAUAUGUUGAGAAGAUUAGCAGAAUUCAAUGAGUACAAUUCACAAGAUAACACAGUCUUAACAUUUUUCGAUGAAGCCGAAAUUCAUCCAAUUGUAGUUAAAAUUUUUGACGAAGAGACCGGUAAACCAUUAGACACAGAUUGUAUUUUUGAUUGCGUUUAUGAAAUAUUUGGGGAACCUAUCCCAGGAUUUGGGAUAACUGCCGAAGAAGAAGCAGAGAUAAGAAAACUAGAGCUAGAGCAAAAAAAAUUAUUGGAAGAAGGCGAAAGGCUGGAGAGAGAGCUUUUGGAGAAUAAGGCUAGAAAGGAAUACGAAGAAAAAAUGGAAAGAUGGACUGAAACUUUGGAAAAACUUCAGAUAGAAGAGGAAAAAAUUUUAGCCGCACAAAGCGAACCAUUGAGAUUUUAUUUAAUGAAAUAUAUCUUUCCCACACUAUCUAAGGGUUUGGUUGAAGUGGCUAAAAUAAAACCAGACGAUCCGAUAGAUUUUUUGGCUGAGUAUCUGUUUAAAGAAAAUCCCGAAGGAAAAAUGUUUGAUCCGUCUUACACUCAAGAAGGUGAAAGAAUUUUACAGCAAUAUCAAGAAGAAGUAGAAGAAAUAAUAGAUCAAUCAGAUAGACACAAUGUUAUGGUGUGAUAUUAACACAUUUCAAUAAAGUUUUCAAUUUCCAUUGAGUGAAGUAAUUGAACUUAUUACAGGACAGAGGAUGGUUAGUAAACAGAUUAUCUAUAAUUUGACUUGUUAAUGACAAUUUCAUUUAUUUCGACUAUAAUGACGCCAUCUAGAAGUCUAAACAUUAACUACCAAUUUGACAUCCGUCACUAUAUAUUUAAACUUUAUUAAUAGAGCGAAAUUCAAAUGUUAUUAUACGGUGGUUGGUGCCACUAAGUCAGAAUAAAUACUUUAACAUUCAUAGUUCCUAGUUGUGAAAGAAGACGAUUAAGCACGUGGGCCAGCUAAUAGAUCCAUUCUGCCUUACUCGAAAGUACUAAAGGCAUUUUUUCUUGGAAAAAGUGUGAGUGCUGGGAACCUACCGAUGAAGUGGUGUGCAGUUUCUUCCUCCAUACACCAGCGGAUCGUCCAUGAAGCUUAUAGCAUGGAGUUAUCUUCUUAGAUGACCGUGUCCGAUUAAAAAACCAGCCAAAAGUUUAAGUGGAAUAGUUGUGUGAUACGACAGGCAGAUGGUCCAUCUAUAUCUUAUCUUGUCUCAUGUCUGGUGUUUUGACCCAUCUUCUUGAAUACUGCUUCACGAGUAAUCUUUGCUGAGAUGUGAUAGCUACACUUACUACUAUUUGAAGUUUACUCUGGGACCACAGGUGGCUUUGUUGAUCCCAGUCUGGCAAACGAAUCUGCUAGAGGAGCAGGCACCCAACGAUCAGCUAACACAGCUCAUGUUGAACUUUUUAGCGCACCAGCACGAGCCUAGAGCUGUUAUAGCUUUUAUUGCAGCUCCACUAUCUGAGUAGAUUGAAAUGUUUCAGUGUGAAAAAACGAUUGUUAGAUUUAACAAAAUUUAGGAUGAAAUAAUUAGGAUCAAACAUUUAUUGCUUAGAAUUUCUCGA